AGCAAAGAGACGACGGAGCUGUCAAACACCAACAACCGUCUGAAAUAUUGUCCCGGGCGGUACAAAAAAAAAUACACCGUACUUCACUCUUUUGUGGAAACCAGAAGGACAGAAGCCGACUUUGAAUUCACUUUUUAAAAUUCAGCCUAUGAGAAUUUGGACUUUUCAACCGUCGCAACGAGGAACUUGUUGUUUUGUGUGUGUGUUUGCAUGCUCAGCGGCUAAUGUCUGUUAGCUCUUUGCUCAGCUCGAGUUUUGUUGACAAACUAGCCCGUUCGCUAGUCAGUCAGCUAGCUGCGCUAUUAACUUCUGUGUUAGCCCGUCGGUUUUUUUAGUUUUUUGUUUUUUUUUAAAUAAAUGCCACCCGGUAAAGGCAUGGGACCCAGCUUGGACUAUACUUCUAACCAUCUAUAUGAAAUAAUAACAGGUCUCCAAGGAAUCACCGUACCUUCGUCAAACAUGUGAAGUCCUUGUUAUGUUGGUGGACUCUCCAGUUACACACAACGAAGAACUGGAUUAGUUAAAAAUCUCUUGGAUCCAGCCAGGGUUUGUCACCAGGGACUGAAGUCUAUGUGCAAACCAUAUUUUAUCCCAGGACCCAAACUGAGUCAACACUGUGCUGCCGUGAAACCAUCGGCACCAUUAAAACAAACUAGUCCUCUUGUCAUGUGGGUACAUUACAGAAAAAGGCCCAUAUUACCCUCACUGGUAUCACCAUCUUUCACGUCACCAUGGAACGGAAUAAACGCAACUCCAUCGCUGGGUUUCCUAUGCGACCUGAACGCCUCAAUGAGGACAGAGAUGGUGUCGGAGGGGUAGGGGUCUGUGAGAUGGGGAUGGGCCCGCCUUCACAGGUGGGCAGGGUGUGGCCGUCAUCCUACCGAGCCCUCAUCAGUGCCUUCUCCUGUCUAACACGCCUCGAUGACUUCACCUCUGAGUGGAUUGGCUCUGGGUUCUUCUCUGAUGUCUUCAAGGUACGUCAUCGAGCUUCAGACCAAGUUAUGGCUCUGAAGAUGAACAAGCUGAGCAGCAACAGAGCGAACAUGUUAAGAGAAGUCCAGCUAAUGAACCGGCUCUCCCAUCCAAACAUUCUCAGGUUUAAGGGAGUGUGUGUCCAUGAAGGCCAGCUUCACGCUUUGACAGAGUACAUCAACGGUGGAAACCUGGAGCAGCUUCUAGACAGCAAUAAACACCUGAGUUGGCCCACCAGGGUGAAAUUAGCCUGCGACAUCGCCAGCGGUCUGGCCUACUUGCACUGCAAAGGCAUAUUCCACCGGGAUCUCACCUCUAAGAACUGCCUGAUCAAAUGUGAUGACAGCAGCUACACAGCAGUGGUGGGAGACUUUGGCCUGGCAGAGAAGAUCCCCAUCAAUCUUGCUGAAGGAGAGAAGCUUUCAGUGGUUGGUUCUCCCUUCUGGAUGGCUCCAGAGGCUGAUGUCUUCUCCUAUGGAAUAAUCCUGUGCGAAAUAAUUGCGAGGAUCCAGGCCGACCCGGACUUCCUUCCUCGCACUGAGAACUUUGGCCUGGACUAUCACACGUUCCAGCACAUGGUUGGAGACUGUCCGCCUGAUUUCCUGCAGCUGGCCUUCAACUGCUGCAAUAUGGAUCCCAAACUCCGUCCGUCCUUCCCAGACACUGUGAGGCACCUGGAGGAGAUUCUCGCCCGCCUUAAGGUUGAAGAGAUGGAGCAUGAAUGUGUCAGCGGAGACAAUGACAAGAAGACCAUCCCCAAAGGUGAGAAGCUCCAGGGCUUCAAGCGACUGAAUCCUCUUGGUUUCCAGAAUGAUAAAAUCCCUCCCAAAUCUCCCCGCCCCAGACGAAACAUCUGGCUCAGCCGCAGCCAAUCGGACAUUUUCUCCUGCAAGCCGGGAAGAAAAGUCAAUGUCCAGGACCCUUACUACAACCCCCCCACCAUUCAGAGAGCCUCCAAAGCCCGCAAGAUCAACCCGUUCACCGCCCGGGAGGACUUGUGCGGCGGCAAGAUCAAGUUUUUCGAUGUGCCCAGCAAGUCUGUCUUCUCGCUAGUGUUCGAUCUCCACUCACCUCCAGGAAGUUUGUUCAGCAACCAGCCGCCUGCUCACGGACCUUCAGCGGCCCAGCAGGAGGCGUCUUACUACUGGCAGCAGCUGCCAGGAAGACAGUGUCACUCUUUACCAGUGUCCCCACAACUUCCCCGAUCCGAGAUCUUCCACCUCGCUGCUGCCGUUAGCUCCAACAACAACGGUUCUGUCACCUGUAACUCCGGUCAGCUGUCCUCGACUCUUCCAGCUGCUAACUCAAAGUCUGACGCUGGCCUGAUGGGGAACGACGUCCGACAGAAGGCAGUGCUGAGCGGCUGGGCGAAGAAAUACGUCGUGGUCGAGAUCCCACCUUACUGCAGGCAGAGAGGAGGGGAGGACGAGGACGGAGAGGUGGAGGGAGGGAGGGACGGAUGCCAGGACGUGUUCGGGGAGAGCUGGUCUCCGAUGGCCCCCAGCAGCGACAGAGACAGUGGGGAGGGGAUGGACUGCUCCAGCAGCCUGGAGGAAGAGGAGGGACGAGGGAGAGGGACGGACACAUGUCCAAUGUAGCACACACACACACACACACACACACACACACACACACACACACACACAGAGGUUAAUGGUGGAAAGAUGUGGUAGUUUGGGACCGGAGAGGAUUCUGAGGCAGCGGAAAAUGGAUUAAAAACUGACCGACUGGACACAUUUCAGAGAUUUUCUAUGAAUAAAAAGGAACUUGAGCACUUGAUUUUUAUCUUUCAAGUGAAUGUACCACAUGUUGAAAAGCUAGAGCGCUCACCCAGGCGUGACAGUCCCCAAUUAGCACAUUUAUCAACACGACAGACACUCUGCAGAGAGAUUAUUUUUCUGAAAAGGUUGUUUAUAUUUAAUAUUGUGAAAUGUAGAUUAUUUGUUUUCGUUUCCUCUAGUCUCGUCUCUGAUGAGGGGUAUUGAAGAUCCCUGUUGUUGUUCUUGUUGUCGUCGUGUGUGAAUUUCAAAAUCAAAAGUGUGUUUUGAUACUUAACGUGUUCACUGAGACAAAUACUAAAUCAAAAACAAUCUCACAUCUGAUUAACAAAACCACGUGCUGAUAUUCAGAAAACUGUGCUGAAAAAAACCGCUAUGAGAAGGACGUUUAAUGUCACGUACUCUGGUAACCUCAACAUUUUCACCAACCACCACGUCUUCACUGAAUUCACAGAUCUGCAACAGUGGAUUUAGCGAGGAAAUGGUUUCAGUUUCAAACUUUGUGCAGUUCAUUCCGUUUAGUUAUUUAUUCAACAAGAUCAACACUUGCAGUCAAUCCCAGGACUGUUACAGCGUCCUCAUUGGCUCUUUGAAGACCUUUCUGGUGGUGUUGACAUCUUUUCGCACGCUUACUUCAGCCACUUGAAGACAACACAGUCGUUUCCUGUGAUCAGACUCCAUAAAUUAUUAACAGAAGAGUCAACGAGACUUCAAAUCCAGAAAACAAACUGUAGGCAAACAUGUAUUUUGUUAAAAGAACCUUGUAAUUUCUCUUUUGUCCUCUGUCAGAAUUGACUUUUCAAAGCUGUCCCUUCUUGCAACUCUACUGAAAUCAUCAAAAAAUAAAGCCAAAAGACAGCUAUGAUGAAUUACUAUUAUAAAACAAGGUUAAAGCGAAACAGUUUUCAAAGACGUAACACUGUCCUCUUACAGAUAAAAUGUUGACUUCAUCAACAGCUCUCAAUAGUCUCAUCUGGUCGGGUUAAUCCUAAAAGUUUAGGAUUGGUGUUGGCAAACUUAAAAUUAAAUGUCAAUUAUACAUGAAGUAUACACAAAAAAGAUAAUUCGCAGUCAAAAUCCUGGAGAACAAGGUUGUUGCUCUGUCAGAAAGUUGCCAUGGUUGUGUUAAGAUGUGACUCCAGUCUGAGCGUCACUGGUCCGACUAAACGUGUCAAAAGUGCCACCAGAGUAUAGCUUCUUAAAUCAACAGCAAACCCUUCAGUUACCUGAAAACACAAGUGAUUAGGUUGAUGUUCCACUUGAAAGCGGCACAUGAUUCAGUGUAAAAGAAAGAAAAUUUGGAUGAAUAAUCCUUUGAAAACAGAGAAACAGCACAACUUUCACCGUUGGGCCUCGCGUUGACUUUCACAAAUCGUCACAAGUGAUCAGUAUUUAUUAAACGCUAUUGUUCGUUGGAGUAAUUUAUGGAUUUAUUAAAUUAUACGCACGAUACUAUGAAGUGGUUUUCUGCAGAAACUCCUCCAUGUGUGGCAGCUGCUAACAUUUGGUUUAGUUUAAAUGAAAUCUGAAGAUCCCACGACAUGUUGGACUCUCGCUCUGUUUGAUGUCUGAAACAGAAUUUGUUUUGUUCGUUUCCUCUUUACUGAGUAUUAUAAUCGUUGUAAAUAUUUAUCAGAACUGCUUUCAGUGUACAAACUCAAUGAAAUUAGAUUUAUAUUGUUGAACAUGUUUGCCUCGACUCCCUCCAGCACUUCCUUUCCUUUAGCUACAUUCUGCUGAUCUCACUUCAAUAGGAACUCAAAUGCACAUGUACAGUGAUAUAUACGCGGCGCUCUCUUAUCACUACUUCUCUAUGCAACUUGUAACACACUGUUUUACAGGAUAAAGGAUCUAAUUUGAUAUUUAUGAGAAAAAAAAACAAACAUUUAAUGUCUUACCUUUGUACAUUUGUGUAAAAAGUUUGUUACCCGCCUCGUUGAAUACAGAUUGUUUUUGUUUUUUUCUGAUCGAAUAACAAAAGCUUCCCUGAG